AGGACAUCCACAUUCCUGUUUCUCCGGUUGAAGAGUUGGACCUGUGGCGGUUUCGUCUCUGUGAAUCACAAACAUCGACACCUGCUUGAAGUGGAAGUGUAGAGCUCGUCAACUCACCUUCCAAUCCAGGAAGACCUCUCAAAUUGAUCAGUCUUAAUUGACUUCUCUUUCGAUGGAUGUGUGAAGGGUUGGAUAUAAGCGAGACACCACCAACUGGAUGACAUCCUCCUCAUCCUCAAUCACUUCAUCUCAUCCCAAGCCCAUCAUGUCAACACCCAUCAACGGCGUCGGCAGUACCGACCUAGAAAUCGUCGAAAUCGUUCCCAACGGCGACAUAAUCCUCGACGUAACCUUCGAGACCUCCAAACCCGUCAUUCUCGCCGCCAAGAAAGCCUUUGCCGCCUUUUCCUCCCGACCAACUCCUCGGACCAGCAAGGCAACAAUACCCGGACAAGGACCCGCAAAGACGCCAGCAAGACCACCGAGACCACCGCCCAAGCCUAGAGAAAGAGUUGGUUUCCGCGUUCAUCUCUCUGUCCUUAAAGAGCAUUCGCCCUACUUUGCCCGUUUGCUUUCAGACACGCGUUUUGCUGAGGCCAAAGCUGUUGAGGCGGCUCUUGCUAAGCUUUCGCUGGAAGACAUUAGUCCUGGCGAGGCGGACUGGACGCAGCUCCCACGGGUGAGCAUUAGAGAAGAUGACGAGGCCACGCAGAGUGCGGAGAUGAGGUAUAUCUUUCAUGAUUUGCUGUAUAUACUGCAUCAUGGGAGGGUACCGCCGCCGGCAGAUGAGACAUCGGCGGAACCUCCAGCAGAAGCAUCACUACCACCACCACCACCAGCAGCAGCAGCAGCAACACCGACACCAAAACCAGUAGUAUCCAAAACGGCAGCAACAACGAAAGGCCAAAAACCAGCCCCAAAACCACCAACCAAGACACCAACCAAAGGCACCCAGCCAACAAACGGCCUCAAAAAGCCUUUAGACAAAACAUCACAAAAGGGACAACCAAAGCCAACACUACAAAAGCCAGAAACGCCGAACGAACCAGUCACCACCGAACCAGCAGCACCAGCAGCACCCCCCCUGACAAUCCCCUACCUAACCACCCUCGCCCUCCUCGCCGACCGUUUCUCCUGCACGCCCUCCCUCUCCCGUCUCCCUUCUUCUUCUUCUUCUUCCUCCCAGACCCCCUUAAAAUGGCCCGCGACACCCACCCGCCUCACCAAAGACCAAGACGGGCACGCCCUCACUUUUGCGGGCGAAGAACUCUUGCGCCAGAAAAUCUUGGUUUCCUGGCUUCUCGACCUCCCACUCAAGUUCCAAUCCGCCACCCGCGAACUCAUUCUCUAUGGAUCCCGCCGCUGGACCCUUUCCGCUUCCCCUGAUGAUGAAGAAGAUUAUUCCGAAUCUGAACCCGACUACACCUCUUCUGAUCCUAACCCUGCCGCUCACCAUAACCCUGAGAAUUUAUACCCUCGAAAUCAAUACAAACACAACAAAUACAAAUACAAAUACAAAGCAAAAUGGUGGUCCCUCCCCGACACUCUCGAAGACGAACUUUCCUAUCGACGCACCUGCCUCCUUUCCGUCUUGGCAUCCAUCCCCCGCCACUUUUUGCGUCUCUACAUCGUCCGCCCACCACAGACCCGCUCCAUCACCACCAGUAGUGCGGGGAUAGGUUCAAGCUUCACAUCCAACGCCGCCUCGGCCUUACAAGCCGCCGCACAAGGUCGUCAAUGCAAACUAGGGUACGAGAGCAGCGCCAGCUGCGACAGUUACCAACUAGGCGAGAUGAUUCGGUUUCUUUGCACCAAGGGACUCUUGAGUCUAGUAGACUUUAGUCCGGCAAGUUUCGAUCGGGCUAUCGCUCAAUUCGACGGCGGCGGGGAGAAUCCGCUGGCGAAAGUGGAUGGACAUAACCCGGGUAUGGGCGUGGUUUUUGGUCCCCCCAAGUCUUCUUCUUCUUCUGGUGGCAAUAAAGAUGAUCUGGGGGGAAUUUCGACAAUGGAAAUCAACCAUUUCGUGGCGAUUUUACGACAGUGUCCGAGUUAUCAGAUUGAUCGACAUCAUACGAACUGCGGAUUGCGGACGAGGAUGUUGCCGGUUUUGGAUUACGUGCAGGCUAUGCUGAAUAGCGAGGUGGUACUCAUCAAGAGGGCGGAUUGGGAGAAGAGGAGGGAGGAAGUGAGUUGGGUUAGUUUGGUGGAGAGACGGCAAGAAGAAAAAGAUGGUGGCAGGGAGAAAGGGAAAAAUACUAAGGUUUUUAGGUUCACUAGAACGCUGGCGGCGGAUCCGAGAAUGAGAUAUAGUAGUACGCUGGGGACGAGCAAGAUGGCCAUGGAACUGUUUCUGGCUGAUGAGUGGGAUUGGACGGCGGAGGAGUAUUGAGGAAAUCAAGAACAGAGUGUUGGUUGGCAUGAGAUGGCGUUUUAGAUGAGGGCAUAUUGCUUGAUCAAAAGUUGUCUUGAUGACCCGGUAAAUAGAUAAAAUAUAGAAGUGA